AUGGACUAUGAUUUCAAAGUCAAACUUACUAGCGAAAGAGAACGAGUCGAAGACCUGUUUGAGUACGAAGGAUGCAAAGUGGGAAGAGGCACCUACGGACAUGUUUACAAAGCAAAAAGAAAGGAUGGUAAAGAUGAUAAAGACUACGCUCUCAAGCAGAUUGAAGGCACUGGAAUUUCUAUGUCUGCAUGCAGAGAAAUUGCUCUUCUACGAGAGCUAAAACACCCCAAUGUCAUCUCACUGCAGAAGGUGUUUUUAUCACAUGCAGACCGCAAAGUGUGGCUUCUUUUUGACUAUGCUGAACAUGAUCUUUGGCACAUUAUUAAGUUCCACAGAGCAUCCAAGGCUAACAAGAAGCCGCUUCAGCUUCCAAGAGGAAUGGUUAAGUCUUUGCUUUAUCAGAUCUUGGAUGGCAUACAUUACCUGCACGCCAACUGGGUUCUUCACCGAGAUCUUAAACCAGCAAAUAUUUUAGUGAUGGGAGAAGGGCCAGAAAGGGGUAGAGUAAAGAUUGCGGACAUGGGUUUUGCCCGUCUCUUCAACUCGCCAUUAAAGCCUUUAGCUGAUCUUGAUCCUGUCGUGGUCACAUUUUGGUACAGGGCACCUGAACUCCUGCUGGGAGCUCGGCACUACACAAAAGCUAUUGACAUUUGGGCAAUUGGUUGUAUUUUUGCUGAAUUGCUGACGUCGGAGCCGAUAUUCCACUGUCGCCAAGAGGACAUUAAAACCAGUAACCCUUACCACCACGACCAACUGGACCGUAUCUUUAAUGUUAUGGGCUUUCCUGCUGACAAAGAUUGGGAGGACAUUAAAAAGAUGCCAGAGCACUCAACUUUGAUGAAAGAUUUCAGAAGAAAUACAUACACAAACUGCAGCCUAAUAAAGUACAUGGAAAAACACAAAGUAAAACCAGACAGCAAAGCAUUCCAUUUGCUACAGAAAUUAUUAACUAUGGAUCCAAUCCGUAGAAUCACAUCUGAACAGGCCAUGCAGGACCCCUACUUUUUGGAAGAGCCUUUGCCAACAUCUGAUGUGUUUGCAGGUUGUCAGAUUCCCUAUCCUAAAAGGGAAUUCCUAACUGAGGAGGAGCCAGAGGACAAGGCAGACAAGAAAAACCAGCAACAACAACAGGGAAACAACCACACAAAUGGAGCAGGACACACUGGCAACCCUGAUAAUAGCCACGCACAAGGGCCACCAUUGAAGAAAGUGCGCGUUGUUCCUCCCACCACUACCUCAGGGGGUCUUAUAAUGACCUCGGAUUACCAGCGCUCCAAUCCACAUGCUGCCUACCAGAACCCCGGACCAAGCACAUCACUGCCCCAAAGCAGCAUGGGAUACUCCUCUACCUCCCAGCAGCCUCCCCAGUACUCUCACCAGAGCCACCGCUACUGA